AUGGCGGUGCAAAAACCACACUCCAAUCCCGCAGUUGACGCUCAACUUAUAAGUGGCACAAAGCUUCAGUCCUUGCGAGUUUUUGCAGCAACAUGGAACGUAGGAGGGAAAUCUCCUGAUUCUCUUGAUAAUGGCCUAAAUCUGGACGAUCUUCUGCAAGUUAAUAAUGAAACAAACAUUUAUGUCUUGGGUUUUCAGGAAACUAUCUCUUUAAAUACUGGAAAUGUGCUAGUUCUAGAAGAUAACAAACCUGCAACAAAAUGGCUUAGCUUAAUCAAUCAGUCACUGAACAAAUCACCAGAUGGGUCUUCAAAAAGCAAAGCCAGUGGUUCACUAUUUUCCUCUAAGCCUUCACUUAAAAAGUUCAGUAAGACUCUAAGGACAGAGAGCAAAAAGAGGUUGAAGAGUUGCAACUGCACGCCAAAUGAAGAUGAUGAAUCAAAUGACUUUGAUAUAUCGGAAAUGUUCAUGCCGUCUAUUAGCGACCACUUGAAGUAUAGCCUUAUAGCUAGUACGCAAUUGGUGGGGAUUUUUAUUACAAUUUGGGCAAGGAAGGAGCACAUACCAUUUGUGAGCCACUUAAAAAUCUCUCGUAUAAAUCGUGGGAUAAUGGGAUGUCUUGGAAACAAGGGCUGUAUUUCUGUACGUUUUUUAUUCCAUCUGACAAGCUUUUGCUUUGUCUGUAAUCACUUAGCAUCCGGUGAGAAAGAGGGGGAUGAGCUCAAGAGAAAUCAGGAUGUGUUAGAGACAAUUAAGAACACUCAGUUUCCUGAUAUUUGCAAAACAACUCAUAGCAGGAUGCCAGAUAACAUUCUAGGACACGAUGUGGUCAUAUGGUUAGCGGAUUUGAAUUACCGUAUUGCUUUGAGCUACUCCAAAACCCGGCAACUUCUGAACAACAAUGAUUUGAAUGCACUUCUUGACAAAGACCAGCUCAAUAUUGAAAAAGAAGCAGAGCGAGUAUUCAAAGGAUGGAAAGAGGGAAAAAUUUGUUUUGCACCUACAUACAAAUACUCGUAUAACUCAGAUGCUUAUUUGGGAGAGACAGAGACAUCCAAAAAAGACAGAAGAACCCCAGCUUGGUGUGAUAGAAUAUUAUGGUACGGAAAUGGGAUUACACAACUUUCUUACAUACGUGGAGAGUCCCAAUUAUCUGACCACCGGCCAGUUUGUGCAACAUUUGCUGUGAAUGUUGUUGUCAAUGAGAACGAGUUGAAGAAGGGAUUACCUAGCUCUACUACGAAUACUGACUUUGAAGAGUUUUUGUGGCACUUUUAA